GAGAGGGAUUGGGAACGAGAGAGGGAAGGAAGGAUAGAGAGAAGCUAAACAGGUGGUCUGAAAACACACAGAAAACAAUGUCGUCCGGCGGGGAAAAGCGGAAAGACAUGUAGUUGUCGGCUCCAUGAAGGAAUACCGGGAUAUCUGCGCACCCAAAUAACAUUUUAAAAAAAAUCCAUGCUCCUACUUUAUUUUCCAGCGGAUCUCUCCUCCUUCUCUCGGUUUUACUCCGAAUCUGGGCAAGAUCUCGGAUACUAAACCAUGAAAGUCACGGUGUGUUUUGGCAGGACCCGGGUGGUGGUGCCGUGCGGGGAUGGAAAUAUUAAAGUCCACACUCUCAUCCAGCAGGCUGUCAUGAGAUACAAGAAGGCGAUCGCCAAGGAUGCGAGCUACUGGCUGCAGGUCCACCGGCUGGAGCACGGCGACGGCGGCAUCCUGGACCUGGACGAUGUGCUGUGCGACGUGGCUGAUGAUAAAGACAGGUUGAUCGCGGUGUACGAGGAGCAGGAGCCCCAUCACGGCGGCGAUGGCACCAGCGCCAGCUCCACGGGGACGCAGAGCCCCGACCUGUUCGCCACCGAGCUCGGCAGCACCGGCGGCGGCGCCUCCGCCUUCCAGCCGUACCAGACCGCCAGCGAGAUCGAGGUCACGCCUUCCGCCCUGCGCACCAACAUGCCCCUCCAUGUGCGGCGCAGCAGCGACCCCGCCCUGCUCACCAUCAACGGGCCGUUCAGCGGCGGCGAGUCUCGCGUCCCGGCAGAGGAGCCGCCGUCCAGGAAGAACCCGGCCCGCUGGUCCACCACCGCCGGCUUCCUCAAAGCCCGCCACUCCAGCGGCACCAACAGCCUGGAGAGGAAGGGUAAAGGUACGGACACGUAUCGCAGCCUGCCGCGGGACGCAGGGACCUGGGCCAAUCAGAGAGAGUUUCAGAGAGAAACCGCCCGCUCGUCACUCAGCGCCAAUCACCCCAUGGUGGACCGCUGGCUGGAGAGACAGGAGCAGGAGGAGGAGGCCAGAGAAGAAGAGAACGGGCGGAUCGAGCCGGUGGGCCGAGCGGACUCCUGCACAGACCACACCCCCGUGAGGUCACUAGAUUUAAUAUGCAGAGACAUAAUCAAACUGGUGGAAGUGUCAAACGAUGGCGGGCCCCUGGGAAUCCACGUGGUGCCUUUCAGUGCCAGGGACCGCAGGACUCUAGGCUUGUUGGUCAAGCGGCUGGAGCAUGGAGGCAAGGCCGAACAGCAGGGCCUCUUUCAGGAGAACGACUGCAUCGUCCGUAUCAAUAACGGAGACCUGCGAAAUAUCCGCUUUGAACAAGCCCAGAACAUGUUUCGCCAGGCCAUGCGUUCUCCGGUCAUCAUGUUCCACGUGGUGCCUUCGUCCAUGAAGGCCCACUACGAGCAGCUGUCCCACAGUGAGAGGAACCCGGCCUACUCCUCGGGCCGUUUCAGUCCCGACUCCCUGACCGGCUCCGUCUCCGGCGUGGACCACACCCCGCAGAGGAUGUCCCGACACGGCUCCCAAACGCACCCUCACGCCCAUCCUCACCCUCAUCCCCACCCUCACCAGGACCACAGUGACGGCUUUUCGCCUCUACCUCACCCGGCGGUCUCCGCGGCCAAGCCCCCAUCAGGCCAUGCACACUCACCACAGAGGGUGCUAAGCUCCACCCCUACGGGAGGAUACACCAAAAAGGUUGGCAGAAGGCUCAACAUCCAGCUGAAGAAAGGUCCUGAGGGCCUGGGCUUCAGCAUAACAUCACGUGACGUCCCCAUCGCCAGCUCAGCACCCAUCUACGUGAAGAACAUCUUGCCUCGGGGAGCUGCUAUCCAAGAUGGCCGCCUCAAGGCUGGAGACCGGCUGCUAGAGGUGAACGGGGUGGAUCUGAACGGGCGCACCCAGGAAGAGGUGGUGUCGCUGCUCAGGGCCACGCCCAUGGGCGGGGCGGUGGGGCUGCUGGUCCUGCGCCAGGAGGACGCCUUCCUCCCUCGAGAAGUGAGUGCUGAGCCCCAGAUGCAAAGUCCCAGAGAUUUGCAUCCAAUCAAAAGGCAGCCUGCGACAGCCAGGAAGCUCCACUGGCUGAUUGAGAAGGCCGAGGAGGACGAGCUGGUCCUGACCCCAGACGGGACCAGGGAGUUCCUGACGUUCGAGAUCCCCCUCAGCGACUCGGGCUCAGCCGGCCUGGGCGUCAGCGUCAAGGGCAACCGCUCGAAGGAGAACCACGCUGACCUAGGGAUCUUCGUCAAGUCCAUCAUCAACGGAGGCGCAGCCUGCAAGGACGGGCGGCUGCGCGUCAACGACCAGCUGAUCGCCGUCAACGGGGAGUCGCUGUUGGGCAAGACCAACCAGGACGCCAUGGAGACGCUGCGCAAGUCCAUGUCGACGGAGGGCAACAAGCGAGGGAUGAUCCAGCUCAUCGUGGCCAGACGGGUGGCCAAACGAAAUGAGGACACCCCCGGCAGCCCUCUGGGACCCCAGCAGAUGUUGAACACCUCUCUGGACGACCGAGAGCGCCGGAUCUCCCACUCCCUGUACGGCGGCCUGGAGGGCCUCGACGACAACCUGAUGCCGCGACAGGCCAUGAUCCCACGCACCAUCGGAAACUACCAGCUCUCCCCGACCGUCAACAUGCCGCAGGACGACACCGUCAUCAUCGAGGACGACCGGCCGCCUCUCCUCCCGCCCCACCUCUCCGACCAGUCAUCCUCCAGUUCCCAUGACGACGUGGGCUUCACCGCAGAGGCGACGCCGUCCUGGGCCAAAGAGCUGCCCGGUCACAACGAAAGCUCUCUGAGUCCAGAUGAGACGGAUCCGGACACGGCGUUCCAGAGGGAAGGAUUUGGACGCCAGAGCAUGUCGGAGAAACGCACCAAGCAGUUUGGAGACGCCGCUCAGCUGGAGAUCAUCAAGACACGCAAGUCCAAGAGCAUGGACUUAGUAGCCGAUGAGAUUAACCUCACUCCUCGUCCCGAGACCAACACAGGUUCCUCUACCAAAGAUGUUGGACCGUCUCUCGGCUUGAAAAAGUCCAGCUCUCUCGAGAGCCUCCAGACGGCCGUUGCCGAGGUAACCCUCAACGGGGACCUCCCCUUCCACAGGCCCCGCCCACGCAUCAUCAGGGGGCGGGGCUGCAACGAGAGCUUCAGGGCGGCCAUCGACAAGUCCUACGACCGGCCCGCCACCAUGGAGGAGGAUGACGAGGGCAUGGAGACAUUGGAGGAGGAUACAGAGGAGAGUUCACGAUCCGGGAGGGACUCUGUGUCCACGGUGGCCGACCUGACCCCGCUGGCCGGCACCGACAAACCCCUGGUCAACGGCACCAACCGCACCAAAGAGGAGAAGAAGAAAGACAAGGGAGUGAAGGAGAAGAAGAAGCAGGAGGGAGGGAAGGAGAAAGACAAGAGCAAAGCCAAGAAGGGCAUGCUGAAAGGACUGGGGGACAUGUUCAGGUUUGGGAAGCACCGUAAGGACGAGCGGCCGGGGGAGAAGAUGGAGCGGAAAGGCUCCAGCAAGUGGAGGCCGGAGGAGACGCAGGCCUCGGAGGAGGAGACGCUGAAGAUGAGGCUGGAGCAGGAGAGGAUCCAGGCCAAGACCAGGGAGCUGAGGGAGCGCCAAGCCAGGGAGCGGGACUACGCCGAGAUCCUGGACAUGAGCCGCACGCUGCCGGGGGCGUCUGAGGACGAGCACCCGUACGCCGGCAUCGCCCCGCUGGACAGCUCAGUGGACAGCGGGCACAGUCGUCCCCACAGCCCCCGAGACGAUUACCCCCACGUCCAUCCACACCACCAGCACCAGCACUCCGAUUCCCUUUACACCCAAGUCAGCAAGGCCCGCAAUGGACGCCCUCCCUCUGCAGACAGCGCUCAGCCUGGCCUCCCUCAUGUUUAAUCGUGUCGAGAUGGAAAAGCUGCUGAAACAGCACGCAGAUCAUCAUGGGACAAUAAAACUCUCCACUGCAACACAAUAUAAUGAAUUUCUUUUUAGGUGAGCAGCUCAUUAAAGCCGGACGACUCCCCUAGCCAACGGCAGAGAAACGCUGCAAUCA